GUUGUGUGCAGUGUGUAUUAGAACAGAAAGGAGGAAGUGCGAAAGUCGCCAACACCGCCGCCAGAAGCUCAACAAAAAGUUCGUGAUUAACUAAACAACAAAAACAAACUUUGCGUUCGUUUCGCUUCACAUACGUGUAUGUACCUACAUAGAUUCAAUUUUUUUUCUACCAAUAUUUGUGUGAAUUUUGUUUGAUUGUGAGUGCAACAACAAUAACAACAACUAAGUAUACAACAACUAAAUAAAGAAGAAGUGCAAAACGAGAGUGAAAGGGCGCCAAAUGUUCAUAUAUCAUAUAUAUAAAUAUAUCAAAAAUCAUACAUAUUUAUAAUGCAAUCAGUCUGCAUACUCGUAUGUUACUUGAAAGGCGCAGCUCAUCAUUAUUUGCAUCAGUAAGAAGCGCCACAAGCCCGAAAAGUUCCUAAGCUUCUCAGAUAGCGACUACGACGACGACCAUCGACUACAGUGAGACAGACUAGUUGCCCCCACAGUAGACGAAACGCCAGCAAGACGACGUCGCCCGGUGCCAUUAUGCUCGUGCCGUCGGAUAUGAUCGCGGCACAGUCCAAAAUGGUCUAUCAGAUGAACAAAUAUUGUGCGGAUCGCGUUCAGGUGCGCAAAGCACAGAUACACAAGCAGAUUCAGGAGGUUUGCCGCAUCGUGCAGGACGUGUUGAAGGAGGUGGAGGUGCAGGAGCCGAGAUUCAUCAGCUCGCUCAAUGACUACAAUGGGCGGUUCGAGGGCCUGGAAGUGAUCUCACCCACGGAGUUCGAAAUCAUCAUCUACCUCAACCAAAUGGGCGUCCUUAACUUCGUCGAUGAUGGCACUCUGCCCGGAUGUGCAGUCCUCAAGCUGAGCGACGGCCGUAAGCGCUCCAUGUCCCUCUGGGUGGAGUUCAUCACAGCCUCCGGUUAUUUGUCGGCACGCAAGAUCCGCUCCCGAUUCCAGACUUUAGUGGCGCAGGCUUGCGAUAAAUGUGCCUAUCGUGACAUAGUCAAGAUGAUUGCCGACACGACCGAGGUGAAGCUGCGCAUUCGGGAGCGCAUCAUUGUGCAGAUCACGCCCGCCUUCAAGUGCGCCGGCCUGUGGCCAAGGUCCGCGUCCCACUGGCCAUUGCCCGGCAUACCGUGGCCACAUCCCAACAUAGUUGCAGAGGUUAAGACUGAGGGCUUCGACAUGCUGUCCAAGGAGUGCAUUGCGCUCCAGGGCAAGAACUCAGCCAUGGAGGGCGAUGCCUGGGUGCUGAGCUUUACGGACGCCGAGAACCGACUGUUGCAAGGUGCCAGUCGACGACGGUGCCUGAGCAUACUGAAGACACUGCGGGACCGUCAUCUGGAUCUGCCAGGCAAUCCCGUGACGUCGUAUCAUUUGAAAACUUUGCUGCUGUACGAGUGCGAGAAGCAUCCGCGCGAAAUGGAAUGGGAGGAGAACUGCAUUGCGGAUCGCAUCAAUGGAAUCUUCCUGCAGCUGAUCUCCUGUCUCCAGUGCCGCCGCUGUCCGCACUACUUCCUGCCCAAUAUGGAUCUGUUCAAGGGCAAGUCCCCGGGUGCUCUCGAGAAUGCGGCCAAGCAGGUCUGGCGCCUCACACGCAUCAUGCUGACCAAUGUGCGUUGCCUGGAGGAGCUUUAAGUGGCAUAUGGAGGCACGAUCCGCACCAGUGAAGCUCCCGAUUUGGCGUGUUGUUGGAACUAGAACUUAAAUGGAACGCAUAAAGCACAAAGCACAUAGCGAGGGAGAAGAAGUACACAUAUAGAGUUAGGAGCUAGAAGAGUUAUACAUAAAGAGCAGUGGCCAGUGAUGUCAGUGGGGAUGGGGCGGGAAGGUCAAUCCAACAGCAGCAAGUUGACGCGCAAAUUUUAACCCAAAUACUAUUUGAUAUUUCACUAGUUUGUAAAUUACGUUUAGUGCUUUCGAAAAGUAUACGCCGCUUAAAGAGUUUCCUAUAUUUAAACUGAAAAAAAAACCCAAUGUACUCGUACUCGUACGCACACAAAACCUAUGAAUAAUCCAAUUUUUUUUUUGCAAACUUUGCUAAGCGCAAAACAAAAUUAGUUCAAUUAGUUGUAAGAGAAGGAUAACUACAAAUGUUAGACGAA